AUUACCUGCAUUUGGUGUAGCGGUUACUGCAACAUCAGGCAUUUAGGAGCAGAAUGUGUCUUAUUUAAAGGAAACUUUCAUAGAUGAGGAGCCCACAGAAACCCCAAAACCCCAAGUACAUCCCUUAACGCCUCUCAGGUUGCUCUCUUUCUAUAUAAAUCCCCUGACCCAUUCUGGUGAGCAUCAUUCACUCAGUCUCAUCAUCCUGAUUAGCAGCUAAAGCACAGUGUUAAGAAGAAAAGCAACGAGAAUGGAUUGUUGGUUCAGGUUUUUGCUACUUUGUGGACUUGUCAUGGUGACACUGCUGAGUGGAACUACUGGCCAUGAGAAUCACAACCUGACUGUAGCUGUACACACUCUGCAAAUGCAUCAUGGGUUAACAGACACCAAAUGGGUGGGAAAAGCUGUUUUCACUCCCUAUUUGGGCAAAGUAGAGGACACUUGCACUUGUGAGAGGUUGAUACUUCUGCGUAUGCUGUAUGGUUACCUGGACAUCUUUUCGGAUAUGCUGAAAAAGGCCAAGAAUGUUGAGACUGAGUCGAGCCUGAAAGAACUCCAGGAAAGUGUGAGGGAACUGCAAAACAAAUACAAAAAAGAACAGGAAGUGUGGAAACAACUUCACGAGAUUAACACCAUAAAGAAAGACGACAGCACGAUCCAAGGUGGAGCAGUGAACGACUUUAUCUCUGUGUUCGCUAAAGCCUUAGCAGCUGGACAUCAUUCCAAGAAGACCCACUCACUACUCAAGCGUUUUCUGCCAAGAAACUAUUAAAUGGAGCAUGAGACGAAUCUGCAUUAACUUAGUCAUUUAGUCUAACUCAUAUAUGUUAUUUAUCGAACUUAAUUUAACCAUUAAUUAUACUUUUAAUUUAUAAUAUUUAUUUUCAUCACAAACUCCAACAUAUCUGUACAAUGUAACUUAUUUUGCAGUUCAAGUCAGUUUACAGUUUUGCAUGUUUGUUCAACCACAUGUGCAACUUAUGUAUCAGCUCAAUAAACCACUAACUUUU